AUGGUUGCUGAACUUGGACAAUAUGUUCAUGCAAUUGGGACGGAUUCCAACAAUUUGAUGGAACCGCAAAGUAUCGAAGCGAUUUACAUUGAACCUACAAAGGGACAAUGUACUGGGCACCGAGUGCUCAACCUCAAUACUAAGAAGAUGAUUUCCCAACCCAAGGUUGUCGUAUUACCUGUUACCGACCAAGUAAUCCAGUGUGUUGAAGCUUGGGCUGCUGCCAAAGGUGUUACUUCCAUGCAGGAGUGGAUGACACCAAACAAGUUUACUUGGAAGAAGCCUUGGAUCAGGACUAUGAACCUGAAGAUGAAGAUGAAUGUGAUUUCAAUCUACAUGGACAAUUUGAUGAUAUCAAUGAAUGUAAAAUAUGUCGUGUAG